AUGGCGGACAUUGGUAGUGAUUUGGUAAAGCUCCACGACGGAAGGCUGGGAGACGUCGCGAGGGGAAUCGGCGGCACUUUGGUGUCACCGCCGUUGGACGUGAGCGACGUCAAGCAGUAUUUCGGAGAGGAGAAGGGCUUUCCGGGUAUCGACGACCUCCUUGAGAUAGUCGGCGAAGGAGCCCCGGCCCCCACUCUAGACUCGCAGAAAAACCUUGAGAAAGCCUAUGCGAUGAUGUCAAGCGAUACAGGGAAAAAAGUGAGGAUCAUGAACGACUUCUCUUUCACCCAAGCACUACCAAGGGGUCAAAAGGUGGGCUCAACAAAGAUACCAUUAUGUACGGAGUUCCACGUUGCCUGUGUGGCGAAGCCCCACCAGCUCGAGGAGCUCGCUAGCCUACGAGUAAGAUGGCCAGACAAGAGAAUCCUCGCAGCCACGGCUGAUGUCACCUCUGCGUUCAGAAAUGUGAGGAUAUCACCAGAUCAUGCACACAACUUUUGCUACGUGAUAGGAGACGUGCUAGUAGCGGAUCUACGGCUGACCUUUGGCUGGGCAGCGUCACCAGGAUUGUGGGGUGUGUUAGCCUCCGCUGCAGAGCACUCGCACCGCAACACGUCCCUCGCGAACGCUCGACUACUACCAGAAGGAAUCGCAAUGAUGUCCCACGUGAAAAUAAAACCUCCUUGGGAAAAAGGCACCCCAACCCCAAUACCAUCGUCGGCAGGCGUAAGACCGCAUAGAGGCGGGGGACCCGCGGACGAUUUCUUGGCCAGGGUCUACGUUGACGAUUUCUUGCUCACGAAGGUCCAGCAUGACCCCACUGACCAAUCGGCACUCAUUGCGUCCGCCUUACUAGCGUCAGACCAUGUCAGACUGUUUGGCAAGGGAGAACUCGGAAAACCCCCCAUUCUCUCCCCGAAAAAGAGCACUGACUGGGACACGGUCAUAGAGGCCCUGGGGUACAUCAUAGACACGCAUGCUGGCAGAAUUGCAACUACACCGGAAAGGGUAAGCGCGAUUCGGAACAUACUAGAGACAGAUUGGCCCCACGAUAGGAAGAAGGCCAGAGUUCAACAAGUCCUCAGCAUUGCAGGAAAACUGUGGAACCUCACUCACGUUAUCAGGGCCGGUAGGUACUUCGUGUGGCAACUACUCCGCCUAUCGGGUCUGCAUACGCAGGCCAGUCGACACACACGGUCACGACGACUAGUGGACUUGGGUAGAGAGUUCCACGGCGAUAUCGCCUUCUGGAAGUGGGCCCUCAAUCAGCCACUGGCACUUCGAGGGGAGUCCCUCAGCGCAUCGUUCCUACUACACGUAAAACGAGCACCAUCACGCCUUCACCUCUCAGACGCUAGCUUCACAGCGAUUGGCGGCUACUGUCCCGAACUAAAGAUUUUCUGGAGAUACACGAUCGACUCAUCUUUGUCUGCGGAGCUCAAGCCCAAGGCGCAAGAGAAGGAGACGUCGGACAUUGACGAUCAAUCUGUUAGAACUCGCCGGCAUGUUCAUGACGGCGUGGGUAGUCCAAAUGAUCUUGAAAGACUGACCUGUAGAAGAAGGGCAGUCGGUGUUGAUGCGUGGAGACAACGUGUCGGCCGUCAGUUGGACUAA